UAUUUUGACAGCUCAGUUUGCGACACCAUGGUUGAAGUAUCGGCGGUAUAUCUCGGGAUACCGGUGUUUUUAGCCGGUUUGUACGGCAAGUACAGGGGAUUAGAAUAUAUUCUAAUAAAUUACAGAUGGGUAUUUGUCUGCUUGUUCCUUUUACCCCUGUCUGUUAUUUAUGAAGUGUUGUUCUUCCUCAGAAACUGGAUCACAUUCAAACUCAACAGUGCUCCGAAAUUGCAUGGAAAAAGAGUUGCAGAUGUACAGAAACAGGUGAAAGCCUGGAGGGAAAAUGGUUGCAAAACUAAGAUGUGUACAUCCAGGCCAGGCUGGGCAAAUGUCUCCUUUAGACAGGGCAAAUAUAAGAGAUCCAUGACCAACAUCAAUGUGAACCUCAUUGAUAUUCUUGAAGUAGAUACACAUCGUAAGAUUGUACGAGUAGAGCCAAUGGUGACAAUGGGUCAAGUGACUGCCAUGUUGAAUCCUCUAGGUUGGACAUUACCAAUUCUGCCUGAGUUAGAUGAUCUCACUGUAGGUGGUUUGGUGAUGGGCACUGGCAUAGAGACGUCAUCCCACAAGUAUGGACUGUUCCAACAUCAGUGUGUGUCAUAUGAACUAGUCAUGGCUGAUGGCAGUGUAGUAAAAUGUAGCAAGGAUGAAAACUCAGACUUAUUUUAUUCUGUCCCCUGGUCAUAUGGUACACUAGGGUUUCUAGUUGCUACAGAGAUCAUGAUUGUCCCUUGUAAGAAGUGGGCCAAGAUUGACUAUAUCCCUGUCCACUCAAAGAAGGAUCUGCUUGUCAAGUUUGAAGAGGAGGUCAUGAAGAAGGAAGGGAAUGAGUUUGUUGAGGCAUUGGCAUACUCUGAAGAUGAGGCUGUUAUAAUGACUACUAAUAUGACUGAUGAAGCUGAAUCAGAUAAGAUCAAUAACAUAGGCUACUUCUGGAAGCCAUGGUUCUUCAAGCAUGUGGAGCAAUACCUUCACAAGGGGAGGAGUACAGAGUACAUCCCUCUUAGGCACUACUAUCACAGACACACACGCAGCAUCUUCUGGGAACUUCAGGACAUCAUACCAUUUGGUAACCACCCCUUGUUCAGGUACCUGUGUGGCUGGAUGGUCCCUCCAAAGAUCUCACUCCUGAAGUUAACCCAGGGAGAGACAAUUAAACGCAUGUAUGAGGAGAAUCAGAUCAUCCAAGAUAUGCUGGUCCCCCUAGACACUCUGGGGGAGUCACUCUCAUGCUUUCAUAAAGAGAUUAAGAUGUACCCAUUAUGGCUGUGUCCAUUCUUGCUGCCCAAUGAUCCAGGUAUGGUCCACCCUGACGGUGACACAGCCAUGUAUGUAGAUAUAGGAGCAUAUGGUACACCCACCACCAAGAACUACAACUGUAUGGACACCACUCGUAGACUUGAGGCAUUUGUCAGGGAUGUUAAGGGGUUCCAGAUGAUGUAUGCAGAUUCCUACAUGACAUUGGAUGAGUAUCGUUCAAUGUUUGACCAUUCUCUCUACGAUAGGAUGAGAAAGAAAUAUGAAUGCGCCGAUGCCUUCCCAGAGGUCUAUGGAAAAGUGAACAGAAAAGCACGAUCUUGAGAUACGCGGAGUAGAGUUUAUUUACGAGAUUGAGAUUAACAGAUUUGAGGUGAAUUGAAGACAUUAAAAAAAAAGAAAUUAAAGUGAGAGUAUGUCUUUUUGAUUCAACAUACAAAAUAAUUUAGAAAUUAGAUCGAAACUAAUGUUAUUUUGUAUUUUGAUGUUUUGAAGAUUUCUGACCAUAUGAAGCUAUGUAAGUUUGAAAUAAUCUUUAUCAAAAUAUCUUAAAGGAAUUUAUCAUUUGAGAACACUAGUAUUUGCUUGUGAACUUAUUGUUAAUAAGUGUAUCACACAACACUGCACAUUGCUUCAUAAAUCAUUAUUAAAGAAGUUAAAGUGAGAAUGUGUUUUUUGAUAAGGCACUCAAUAAUGACUAAACUGAUUGUAAAUGUCCA